GUCGCAUGCGUUCUCUCCGGUCGGACGGACAGUUCAAGUUCAAAAACGAAAUUUUCGGAUGUUUGGUGCGGUGUGUUGAUGCCAAUAUCCGGCUAUAGCGUUUCAAGUGCUUUCGCCUGCUAAAAAGAAUCCAAUAAAUUCAUUUAAAUUCUUCCCGCGUGUGCUGUGUGUGUGUAAACAAAAUUAGGGCGAAGUGUUCAUGUUCAUGUUCAUGUGCUCCUCUCGUUUGGCGCUGGCGCUGGCGUAUCCUGUUUAAGUCCCAUCUCUGAGGGGGCCUGGCAUCGCUUCCAAUCACGGAAACACAUAAAAACACUUAAACGUAAAUGAAUAUAUUACGGUUUCGAGUCGAAACCAGAGGAAUUCCAAGCUCAUGUUUUAUUCGGGGAUUUCGGGGUAGCACCCUUUUCAUGCUGCACACACUUAGCCACUAGCUGGAAAAACUUCAAGUUAAUGAAAACACAAGAAAAACUAUACCAGCACCGAGGACCGAUACAGAAAUACGCUUCGCAAUAGAGAAUCAGAUGCAGUUAUGCAGCAGCAGCAGCAUCCAACGAGCCGUGAAGGAGAUGAAUUAAUCAUGUUGGCUUAAACUAUUUCCAUUUUGUUGGCAAGAAAUAAAAUUAAACGAGACAGAAGCGAAGGGAAUCAGCUGUAGGAGCACCAGGAGCAUUCCCCCUGCCCAAUGAUAGCUGGCAAUUUGGUGAGCAUGGAAUCGGAACUGGACAUGAAUGCGGAGGGGGAUGUGGACCGAGACCUAGACCUGGAUAAGUCUCUACUCUCGAAUCCCCUCAACAUCACCCAGGCUAUUUGGGACAUGGCCAUGCUGGCCACAUCCACGCAGUGGAGCCUCCUGGACUCGGACUUCACCUCGGGAAACGACAACCUCAGCGGAAUGGCUUCAACGGAGACUCCCUACGUGCCCUAUGGCCGAAGGCCGGAAACCUACAUCGUGCCCAUCCUGUUUGCCCUGAUCUUCGUCGUCGGUGUCCUGGGCAAUGGGACACUGAUUGUGGUCUUCCUCAGUGUGCGCCAGAUGCGGAAUGUUCCAAACACCUAUAUUUUAUCACUGGCACUGGCGGAUCUUCUGGUUAUCAUCACCACAGUGCCCCUGGCCUCCACUGUCUACACCGUGGAGUACUGGCCCUUUGGCAGCUUCCUCUGCAGCCUGUCGGAGUUUAUGAAGGAUGUGUCCAUUGGAGUAUCGGUCUUCACGCUGACAGCUCUGUCAGGGGAUCGUUACUUUGCCAUUGUGGAUCCUUUGAGGAAGUUUCAUGCUCAUGGAGGCGGUCGUCGGGCCACCAGGAUGACCCUGGCCACUGCAGUCUCCAUUUGGCUGCUGGCCAUACUCUGCGGCUUGCCAGCCCUGCUGGGCAGUAACCUCAAGAACUUUGGUAUUAAUAAGCAGUCCAUUGUCAUCUGCUAUCCGUAUCCGGAGGAGUGGGGUCCCAACUAUCCCAAGACCAUGGUGAUGCUGCACUUCCUGGUCUACUAUGCCAUACCCCUGGUGGUAAUCGCUGCCUUCUACGUGCUUAUUGCCCUCCAUCUCAUGUAUUCGGCCAGUGUCCCGGGCGAGAUCCAGGGAGCCGUUCGUCAGGUUCGUGCCCGUCGCAAGGUGGCCGUCACAGUGCUGGCCUUCGUUGUCAUCUUCGGCAUUUGCUUUCUCCCCUAUCACGUCUUCUUCCUCUGGUUCUACUUCUGGCCCACCGCCCAGGAGGAUUACAAUGCGUUCUGGCAUGUCCUGCGCAUCGUCGCCUACUGCAUGUCCUUCGCCAAUAGCUGCGCCAAUCCCGUGGCCCUGUACUUUGUGAGCGGCGCCUUUCGCAAGCAUUUCAAUAGAUAUCUGUUCUGCCGUGGAGCCAGUGGAAGGCGCAAGAAGCGCGGCCAGCACGACACCUUCUGCAUGCACCGGGACACCUCGCUGACCAGCACCGCCUCGAAGCGCUUCCAGUCGCGUCACUCCUGCUACCAGAGCACCAUCCGCAGCUGUCGCCUGCAGGAGACAACGAUAACCGUGCUGCCGAACGGCGGGAAUCAGAAUGGUGCCUCCAUCUCGGCCGUAGACCUGGCUCCAUUGGCCAUGCCCAUGGUCCCGUCCGCGGGACACAAUGAGGUACCGCCUCCGGGAUAUGAAUUUGCGACUCUCAACGAGUUUGGUCAGCAGCACCAUCGUUCGCACCCACCCAAGUUUCAGGAGUCCUUGUUGAAUUGAAAUUACAGGACCAAAACGCGGGACUUAAACGGAGUUUACAGGAAGUCGGGCAGUGAGACAGACAGACACUCUUUCAAGAUCAAAAUGUAGUUAAAGCUUCGGAGAUUUUUUAAAUUGAGAAUUUAUUCAGAAUUUAAAGCCAACUUUUUGCUAGCUUUUGAAUAAUAUAAACUCAGUAAAGGUAAAAACCUCCUAUUCUUAAAAAUAUUUAUAUUAUUCAUUGGAAAGAUCCAAACAUCCCCUAAAAUAUUAUUAUUUUGUGCUAAAAACCAACGAGCAGAUGUUAGUAAACCUUUAUGGAAUGUAAAUAAAAAUUAAAUGUUUCUUAGGUCCUAAAACUUAAGCCUAAAUGUAAACUGUGUCUGUUCCAAACUAAAGUAUUGCAGCCGUGGCACGGCUUUAAGCUAAACACCUUAAUGCGUAUAAAAUGAAAUAUUUUUAUUAGAAAAAGGAUACAUGGAAAAUAAAAAACUCCACUUUUAUAGCUAAUCACUAAAGAAAC